GCAACGGUAAAGCCGCCGGUUUCCCAUUAUUACAGUUGGGGUAGCUGUUGUGGUUCAGAGCUCCUGAAUUCAUGGCCAGAAGUUGCUUGAUCUUGGUCAAACAAUACCGUACAGUAAUAAAAGGAAAGAUAGGACAGAAGGAAAUUGAUUGAAACGAAGAAAUCCUGAGAAACAAUGGUGUCGACAAGCGAACGCAACGGACUGGUCGGUUUGGUGGUUGCCGUCUUGGUAUCCUUUUGGGGAUCGUCGAGGAUUGUGCGACUCGUCGCCCGCGAUGUUCUGGAAAUUGACAUUGACAAUUCUCUAAGUCAAAGCUCGUCGUGGCUACUAGAAGACCACAUGCCAGAAUUUGAACGCGAGUUUCCAUUUUCCAUGCAACAAACUCCCGCAUGUGCUUCCGCCAUGAGCAACCUGACGAAGUUGGAACGCCUGGCAUUUCUAGCCGAGCAAGAUUGGCAAAAACAGGAGCAUCAUCACAAUGACAAUCCAAAAUGGCACGAUUGGUUGGAAGCACCCCUGUCCGAUCCCAUGAAAGUGGCCGAGAAAGAGUGGAGUAGUAUCCUGAAUGCGUGCCAUGGGCCAUGGCCGGACAGUACCGUGGACCCUGCAUUUGCCGCCAACUACACACUACGGGCGUUUUGGCAGGGAUUACGGCGCUGUGGUGCCAAGGAAGAACAGCGGGGAGGACAUCCAGCAGGUUUUGGUGGAGAAUGGUGCAUGCAAGGCUGGAGAAGUAGAGCCACCAGAGCCUUUGUCGAGAAUAAACGACAACCCGAGACUGGUAGAUUAAAACGAGACCCCAAGGCGGACAUUUUCAUAUUGACGGCACGAUGUGCCUUGAAAAUGGAGUUUCCAAUCGUUCCACAACAUCAAAACAACGACAAAAAAGACAAAGACAGCUCCUUGCAAACAACACAACGACUCACCAAUCGUCAAAAAUUCCCUGGAUGGAGACCCAAACGGGUGAUUCUACUUUCCGCCACACUCGGAAAAGGCGCCACCAUGGGAUGCAAGCUAGUGAAUACUGCGUUUUUUAGGGGCUGGGAAGUCGUGUUUAUCGAGGGAAAGUAUCGAGGAAUCAAGCACAAGUACACGGAUGCCUUGGCAGCACUCCAAUUGCUAGUGUCACAUUCCGACAUCCCGGCGGAAGAAACUCUAGUGGUGUUUGCAGACUCGAUGGAUACACUCGUGCAACAAUCUCCCGAUUAUGUCAUUGAGUCCUUUUUAAACAUGACACGAACAUUUGCAUUCUCGGCCGAACCAGGAUGCUUCCCACUGGCCACAUGGCCGCACAGUUUGGGGGUUCCCUAUCACACAUGCGACAAGAAUUUUCCACUCUCCCAAAACAGAUAUCAGCAUGCCAUGAUUGACCAAUACGGUGGUGCAAUCCAUGGAUAUAUCAAUACGGGAGGAUGGAUUGGAUUGGCAUCCAGCGCCUUUGUCGUUCUCACAGAGCUCUCCUCGGUGAUUUUACGCGAAGGGCAAGAUCAACCGUGUCAUGACCAUGGAACCGAUCAGCUGUUGGGUAAUGCGGCAUUUGUGCGUGAUCCCUCGUUGAUUGGUGUCGAUUCGGACUAUGCCAUUAUUGGUAGCAAUGCGUGGGAACUUUUGGAGGGUUCACAUUUGACAUUGGGUCCCAUUCCAUUCUACAAAGAUAGCCAAAACAAGGCAUACUGCAAUGCCAGUUUGACCGCGCCCGAAUAUGCCGCUUCUUGUCCAGCAUUUCUGCAUUUUAAUGGCCGUGGAAGCUCGGGCGGAAAAAUUGAUGAAGCCUUUGAAGAGCUGAUUUCCGAUGAUUCCCUUGGGUCGUGCUGCCGUGGGAGGCUCUUGAUUGCACAUGUUGGAAAGGGGAAGCUGUGGACAGAAAGCUUUGAGGAGAACAAGCGAUGGGCAAAAUGUAGAAAGGAGAAUGCAUGUCUCGGGAAGACUACCAAAGAUUGGGGCGGUAUCUGUCCCAAGGGUAUUCCUUAGAUGACGGCACGAAGAUGCAUGAUGACAAACUGAGUUGAUACAGUUAGAGAGAAGAUUGCAUCAUUCGUGUGAAAGAAUGAGCAUAAAUGAAGUGCAAAUUCUUCGCUGUCUGGCCCUGUUCUGCUUCACUCUCGAGGUUGAUCUGAGAAAGCCAGACGGAUACAGUGCCUCGUCUUGAAUGGGCUACCGUUACCUGGUACCAGUACCGAUGCAUCAUGGUUGCAAGCUUGUCUGGCCAAGCCAAGCCAAAUGGCAACAAACAGCAUCACCCUUUCGCACAAAUACCCCUUUGGCUGAUUGCUCCAAGAACAGAAGGGCGAGGCCGGGAUGUUUAACAUCCUCUUUUUCUUUCAGGUUCGGUGUGCUACGAACCCAAAGAACGGAGAGACACCAACAAAGAAACACGUAGCCUUCGCGUCAAUUAUAAGCAUUUCAAAGUCUUUGUUUUAUGACAGAACUGUACUGUAUACUUUUAAAAACUGUAGAUUAAUAGUAGUGAGUUGUCAGAUUAUUAGAA